AUGGAUGAGACCGGGCGGCCGGAGAAGCGCGCGGCUCCGGAAUGCUCGGAACUUGUCGAAAGCGUACACGCCUGCUCGCGGUCAUUGAAGGACCACCUCGCCCAGCUACGACAGCCUGCUCCCCCACCAUCGGCUUCUUCCCGCCUGCCUAACCUUGCUGCACCCUCAUCAGCGCCCUCGUCUACGAAUGAGCUCUCACGCAAAACCAAGAUCAACCUCCAAGGUGUCUUGGCUGAGUCCUUAGACGACUUACUCGGUGCUUAUGUCGAAUUCAUGGUCGGGUCGGCUGAGGACCGAGUGAUGAAACCCGAACUAGAAAACUUGCGUUCGUAUUUCCGAAGGACAGCGCGCGGUUCGAAAUCACAAGAGGGGCGACAGGAGUUAAUCGGAGGGGCGAGCCGGCGAUUUAUCGAGCACGGAGUGGGGGCAAGCAGACGGACGCAGCCCAGCGUCAAUCCCGGCCCGAGUUCCACCUCGUCUCCAGCGCCAGCAACAGGUCGGCAACAGGACCUCAGGGAUGGAGAGGACAACGACAGCUCAUCGACAGGGCCUAAGAAGGCCCGUCUGGCCCCACCGGAGAUCGAGCAGAAAAUCCGCGCCGGGCGACUGGCCGACAAUCCUCGCCUGCCCGAGAUCAGACAGGUUGUCAAAACUUCUCAUCCUUGUCAUAAUGAUCGCGCGCUCGAAGGACGAAAGGAAGAUGACGAUGAUGACGACGGUAGUGAGGAUGAUGGCGAGUUGAAAGUUUAUGACGAUUGA